AUGCAUCUGAAGAAGAGCAGGGAGGGUGAUAUGGGGACCUUAGUGAAGAUCGCGGAGAUCGAAGCCAAGAUAGCCUGGACUCAAAAGAACAAGGCUACAGCUCAUCACCUUGGGCUGCUUAAGGCUCGCCUUGCUAAGCUUCGAAGAGAACUCAUCACCCCUAAAGGUGGUGGUGGUUGUGGGUCAGAAGAAGGUUUAGAUGUUGCUAAGACAGAUGAUGCUCGAAUUGGGUUUGUGGGUUUCCUGUCUGUUUGCAAGUCAACUCUGCUGAGUAACCUAGCAGGAGUGUAUUCUGAAGAGGCAGCUUAUAAAUUCACUACUUUGACCAUUGUGCCUGGUGUCAUCAGAUCUAAAGGAGCCAAGAUCCAGUUCCUGGAUCUCCCGGGUAUUAUUGAAGGUGCCAAAGAUGGGAAAGGCAGAGGUCGUCAAGUCAUUGCAGUGGCCCCAACAUGUAAUUUAAUCUUGAUUGUUCUGGAUGUCCUAAAACCAUUGGGACAUAAGAAGAUAAUUGAAGCCAGGCGGAAGAUAAUAGAAAACAUGUUGGGAGGUUUUGGGAUUCGAUUGAACAGCAAACCCCCCAACAUUGGCUUUAAGAAGAAAGACAAGGGAGGCAUUAAUCUCACAGCCACUUGCCCUCAGAGUGAAUUAGAUGCUGAAACAGGGAAGAGCAUCCUGGCUGAGUACAAAAUUCACAAUGUUGAUGUGACUCUGUGCAGUGAUGCCACAUCUGAUUACCUCAUUGAUGUGGUAGAAGGAAACAGAGUUUAUAUCCCCUGUAUCUAUGUAUUGAAUAAGAUUGAUCAGAUCUCCAUUGAGGAAUUGGAUAUUAUUUAUAAGGUGUGUCACUGAGUACCCAUUUCUGCCCAUAACUGAUGGAAUUUUGAUGACCUGUUGGAAAAGAUCUGGGACUAUCUGAAACUAGUGAGAAUUUACACCAAACCCAAAGGACAGUUACCAGAUUACACCUCUCCAGUGGUGCUGCCCUACUCCAGGACCAUGGUGGGUUUCUGCAUGAAGAUUCACAAAAAUCUUAUCAAAGAAUUUAAAUACGCUUUGGUCUGGGGUCUCUCUGUGAAACAUAAUCCUCAGAAAGUGGGUAAGGACCAUACAUUGGAAGACGAAGAUGUCAUUCAGAUUGUAAUUUCGGAGGUUCAGUACAAUGCUAUCAUGAUGGGGAGCACAGAGGUGUACAGGCAGAUGUGGUGCCGGAGAAAUAGCCAAGUGUCCUACAUCUUGCAGGCAAUAAAACCUCCACUGACUUUCACACUGAAGGGAGCCUGA